AUGGUCUCAUCAGAGAGUACGAAUAACAUCUCUGAUAUAUCAUAUAGAGCUGAAGUCUUACGGAUAUCGCAAAAUAAACCACAAAAAGUGAAAGAAGAGGAAGAGAACAGAAAGGAUAAAAUUACGAAAAUUUUCCGGUUAAGCUGCAGAGAUAUGGGAAGUUCUUAUUCCUGCAUCUCCCAUUUAAAAUACGCGCUAUUCAAAUUCUAUUGGCUAAGUAUCCUUAUUUAUCAAAAGGACGUAACAUUUUUAUGCGGAAUAACAGAAGUAGAGAAAGAAAGACUAAAUUCAAAUAAGGCACGUCACAAUUGCUACGACUUGCAGUAA